AAAGACAAAAAUGGAUACGCUGACGGAUUUGGCUAUACUGGUCAAGACGAACGUUUGUUGAUGGAGGCAUCAUCUGGUGGCUUGGAGAAAAAUGUUGAUCAUACUCUUGGUGAUUCGUUGAAACUGUUGGAAAAUUUAACAGCAAUUUUAAACACAUACCGUUCAAAAUACCUCAAUAGCAAUAAGACAACAUUUUCAAGACUAAACGUAUUUGGUAUUCAGUGCAUUAAGACAACAAUUACACUUAUGUCUGUCUCGGGAUCUGGUGACGGAAACAUUUUGUACCAAACACCACGCACUUCUCAAAUCCCAACUACAUUCGAUAAACGUCAU